GACGUCACAUCAUCCCUAAAAAGGCCACGCCGCUUGUUCUUCCGUGCUGAUCGGCUUGUGCUCGUGUCUGCGGCUGCUUCUCGUUACACACCGUCCCGCUCAAUAGAAAUAUACUCACCCCAAGGUUAAUAAACGCACACAAUGGCAACAUUCAGGACAAUCAGGUCGCUGUGCAGAUUAUCACACCAGCAAGUAUGCAGUUUACACCUAACCGCAGCCAGACACGAAGCUGUCGUGAUCUCCGGGAGGAAGCUGGCGCGGCAGAUCCGACAGGAAGCCAAGAGUGACGUGGAGCAGUGGGUCUCCGAGGGCAACCGUCGGCCACACCUGAGCGUGGUGCUCGUGGGAGACAACCCAGGGAGUCACUCCUACGUGCUGAACAAGACCAAGGCAGCCGCUGACGUGGGGAUCAGCAGCGAGACGAUCCUCAAGCCAGCCGAUAUCUCGGAGAAGGAGCUGCUGGAGCUGAUUGACAAACUCAACAACGACAGCAACGUGGACGGGCUGCUGGUGCAGCUCCCCCUGCCAGAGCACAUAGACGAGCGGAAGGUCUGUAACGCCGUGGUCCCUGGGAAGGAUGUGGACGGCUUCCACGUGGUCAACGUGGGCAAGAUGUGUCUGGACCAGAGCACCAUGCUGCCGGCCACGCCCUGGGGGGUGUGGGAGAUCAUCAAGCGGACCGGGAUCCCCACACUGGGGAAGAACGUUGUGGUUGCUGGGCGCUCGAAGAACGUUGGGAUGCCCAUCGCCAUGCUGCUGCACACUGACGGCAGGCAUGAGAGACCAGGAGGUGACGCCACAGUCACAAUCUCACACAGAUACACGCCGAAGGAGCAGCUGAGGCAGCACACUCAAAUCGCUGACAUCGUCGUAGCCGCAGCCGGUAUUCCAAACCUGAUCACAGCCGACAUGAUCAAGGAAGGGGCCGCUGUGAUCGAUGUCGGGAUCAACAGGGUUCAGGAUCCAGUCACCGGGAAACCCAAACUGGUCGGGGACGUUGACUUCGAAGGAGUGAAACGGAAAGCCAGUUUUAUCACUCCAGUCCCUGGUGGCGUGGGGCCCAUGACGGUGGCCAUGCUGAUGAAGAACACCAUCAUCGCAGCCAAGAAACUUCUGCCGAAGCCAGCCGCCCUCGGCAUCGCGGCUCCUUAACAAGAGACCCCGCACCCCGAGACAGAGAGUGCGAGAGGACAGUGAUCAUCCCAGAGUUUAAAACCGCACAUUCCCGGACCACCAAAACACUCCUACAUAGGCUGACGGAAUUGCAAUAAUUUAUUCAUUAUAAUAUUUGUUUGUUUGUUUUUGUAUUUUUUUUUAUUUUGAUCAUGUUUAUGUACGGGGGAAAAGGAGUACGAAAGUCUUUAAGUGUAAUGUCGCGUUUAAUGGUGUAAUUCCGUUCCACCUUAAAGGAGUGUGCCGCUCAUUUCGUGCAGAUGCCUGCCGCGCUUUCUUUAAAGCAACUGGACGUUUCUUAAGGUGGAGAUGUCCCCCUCUCGCCCAUAUAUACAAAACCAAUUCCAGGCAUUAACUGUGUUUUGCUGGGGGAAAAUGCCCCCAGUAUAUUGACCAGUGGAGGAAUGUUGUUUGCUAGGUGUGGCUCAGCAGUAAGAGUUGAGGACUAGGAGCCAGGUAGUCCUAAAAUAAAGGAUCACUUUAUAGCUUACUUGUCUUACCCCCUGCAGUAAAACCGUAGGCGCAAAUGCCCCCUGCCCUGCCUCAACCCACCCCAUCUUAUUUUGAACUAUUUUUUAGUAAUAUCCAAGUGGCUCUCUCUACUGUGACCUAAGGAUUUUUUUUGUGUAUUUAUUUUUUGUAUACCUUAACCUAUAAUAACUCCCUCUAUUCUGCUACCAGGAAUAUUCAGAAGUAUUUAUUUUUCAAGAUUAUGUUGCAAGAGAUUCAUAAUUCCUCCCCCCAAUCACAUUGCUAGUCGUGGGGCAGUCGCUUGUUUAGGAUCGAGAUCACCGCUGGACCAUCUCAUACGGGGGUUAGGGACCCACCAGAGCUUGUGGUCAGACUGAAGAACAAAAGUUUGUUUGGGUUCUAAUGCUUGCUGUCAGGGUGUAACUAAGCAGGAAAUGCAGAAAUACUAAAAGACUUUUUUAUUAAGUUUAUUUUGGUAUUUCUAAAUUCGGCACCAGCGAUUUGUUUUAAUAGUUCCAGGUGAUUUUACCUGCUCAGGUGUGCACGCGUGGCACAUUCCACCUGCAAUCUGGGACUAAAAACUUUCCCGGGAAGACUUAACAACAAAAGUGUCUUUUUAUGUUUGUGUGUGUUUUUUUUCCUGACUUGCUUCAAUGCAAUGUGAAAUCUGGAACCCAAAUAAACAGAAACUGAAAGAAAUGACCCAUCUUA